UAUCGUGACGUCACAGGGGCAAGGCGGAGUUCCCGGUCGUAUUUGUGAACGAGUGACAACCAAAGUUGGUCUGUGAUUUCACCGAAACUACUCAUUCAACAAAAUACAACUUUGGACUGAUCUCAAUUACAUUAUGGCAAAAGAGUAUGAUCAUUUAUUCAAGUUGUUAAUUAUCGGAGACAGCGGUGUUGGAAAAAGCAGCCUUUUACUUCGUUUUGCAGACAACACUUUUUCAGGAACAUAUAUCACAACAAUUGGAGUAGACUUCAAAAUCCGUACGAUUGAUCUUAACGGAGAGAGGGUGAAACUACAGAUAUGGGACACAGCAGGCCAGGAAAGGUUCCGGACAAUAACAUCAACGUAUUAUCGUGGUACCCAUGGUGUUAUAGUAGUGUAUGAUGUUACCAGUGCAGAGUCUUUUGUCAAUGUUAAAAGAUGGCUGCACGAAAUUGAACAAAAUUGUGAUGAUGUGAGCAGAAUAUUAGUUGGCAACAAAAACGACUGUCCAGAGAGGAAAGUGGUCUUGACGGAAGAUGCAACAAAUUUUGCUGAACAAAUGACAAUUCAGUUAUUUGAGACGAGUGCGAAAGAGAACAUCAACGUGGAAGAGAUGUUCAACGCCAUCACUGGGCUAGUACUGAAACAAAAGAAAGAGAGUGCUGCAAAGCAGUCAGCUCAAGAAAACAGCCAGACGGUCAAGCUAACUGCCAGGGGAGGCAAAAAAGGCAAAAGCGGCUGCUGCAAAUGAUCCAAUCAUUCUAGAUAGUUUACUAGGCUUCUAACAGGUCCAGGCUCCAAGCAGUUCACCAUAUAAUAGAGAGGUUUCGCAUGUGAACAGAUACGUAUAUAUAUACAUACUUAAAACUAUCUGUAAUAACCUAUCAGCCAUUCCACCAUGUACACAUACAUCUGGAAGCCUUACCAAUGGCAGUAGUAAUCCACAAUGGCAGCAUCCAAUCGGAGUCUUGGUUUCAAGCAUGCAGAUAUAUUUAGCAAUCAGUCCUCAUUGGAUCAAAUUGCACAUGAUUCAAUUAAAAAGGAGAAUGUGAAAAUCGACAAUUGACAUGAUACACACUGAUGUGUAGCGAGUACAUAUAUCCAUGCCGUGUUGAUAUGCAAUAUACAUGUAUAUGUCGUGCCACAGCUGAUAGGCCUAUUGUGAAUGUAUCAAGACAUCGUAUGCGAUUGGCUACGUGAUACACACUGAUGCAUAGCCAGCAAUGUAUGUACAUGUAUCCGUAUCCUGUUCAUGCGCACCUGAUAGGCCAAUCAUGUCUGAUAUCGCGUAUGAUGUCACAAGACCACACAAACUGCUAUAAGUUAUCAUGCGAAGCCUCUCUAAUGUCUUUCUGGUCUACCACAUCCACACUCGUCCAAAAAUUCAGUCAACUCAGGGCUGAUAUUUUCAAUCGAGUGUUGAGUUGUUUCCAAGGCUAACUUUGUAUGUAUUUUAUUUUGAUAAAAAAUCUUAAACCAUCAAACAAAAAAGGUAAUGUAAUUUGGACUGCUGUACUUCACUCUGCUUAUAGCCUUUGCUUUUUACUGUACACAUUUUGUAAAUAUUGAGGAAUGUGUAAAGGCUGGUUUGCAGUCGAUCACACAAGUGAAACAAAUUAUUAUAGUUAUUACUCAUUUCCAGUAAUGAAACCAAGGAUUCCUCAAAAGCGCCCAAGGCACUGCAGCUUGCAAGCCAGAAUAAACCUGUGGAGAAAAGACAAUGAGAAGAAAUUACAGUUUAAGAGGUGGGAGGAAAAGCCCAGGGGAAUAUUCUGGGGAAAACCCACUGAAUCAGGUAGGGACUGAAAACCGAAUCCACAUUGGCUCAGGCAGGAUUCGAACCCGGGUCACAGCGGUGGAAGGCGAGGAAAGUAUGGCUACGCCAACCCAACCUGAACAUUGAUUAUGUUCACAGUUUAUAGUUGUCAUUGAAGUGCUGGCUUCUGGUCCUGAAGGAAAAAUUGAACUUUGACACUGUCACUGACCCAGCUUUUAACAUCGAACCGGUAUAAGUGCUGGUUCGGAAAAGAACAAUGAAUGUAAAAAUGUCAUAGAAAUAAUAAUAAUAAUAAAACGGUUCUUAUAUAGCGCAUUA